CGGGCCCAAUCCCAAACCCCUCCCACACCCGCCGCCCCGUCGCCGGCCUCCGACGCCUGCGUCGGAUUAUUCCUCUCUUACUCCUACGAAAGCGGAAGGAUCCUCUCGCCGAUUCAGCCCUCGGAUCCACCUACGUCUGCUCCACCUCCAACGAUCGCCCGAUUGAAGCAUCUCGAUAGAAAUAGAGGCCGACCCGAUGGGACUCGAUCGGACCUGAAAAGUCAUCCACUCCAGCCUCUACGCCUCGCUACGGACGAACUUGCCCCGGGAGGUCAUGGGUUUCCGGGCCUACCCGUUCGUGGCAAGCGGGAAGCCCGGGAGAGAUCUGAGGAGGUUUUGGAGUAUUUGAGAGAUUUUUCUGACGAGUUUAGGCUCGGUGAAGUGGUUAGGUUUAGGAGUGAGAUGUCCCAUGUGGUGUUUGCGGAGGGUCGGAAUUGGUCGGUAAGAUCGAAAAUUGGGAAUGAGAAACGUGGAUACGAUGAGGUGUACGACGCCGUGGUAGUCUACAAUGGGCAUUAUACGGAGCCCCGGGGACUUUGUGCUUCGCAUCAGGAAAGCAUGCGAAAAAGUGGACUUACUGGGGAAGGAAUUACUAAUGAUUGUUCUUGGGAUAAUAAUCUCUAUUCUGGCUUCAAAUGGUGAUAUAAUGCGAACUUUGGUUUAGCGAUUUUGAGAAACUGGUGAUAUAGCAUAUUUUUUCUGUUUCCUUGGACUUUUUCCAGCAGAAGGAAGAACAUGUCAAGAGCCUAUUAUUGUUGUUUUACUCGAUUGCCGACUUUCCUAGUGUUUGUAGAUGAUGAGAUUUUGACGGAUGCUAGUGUUAUUAAUGCUAUUUGGCAUUAACAUUAUUCAUUAUUGUUUUUGUUCUAGUUUGUUUAAGUUUCCAUUUGAGUAUCAUAACUUCAAUGUUGGCUAGUCAGGGAAAUUGAGCUUCAUUGGGUUUUACUUUGUUUUGAAAAACGCGCCCACAAAGGGAGCUUAGGUAGAUAUCGCACGGGAUAUAGAUAGGAUUGUUAAUGUAAUUAAAAUAUUAUAUUUAUUAGUACUCUUUGGCUAUUGGUUGUGCACCUACACAGUCAGAC